AUGCCACUUCCAAGUAUCAAUCCUCCUCUCAUCAAUUCCUCCAACCCGUGGGCGACGACGCUAGAGGAUCUCCAGGAGCUAUUCGAUUGCCCAGAUUCCGGCGGAGUCACGACUCGAACAAGUCUACUUCAUGGCUUCCAACAUGACGACGAGGUCCAUCAAUACACAUUUUUCGAUACUAGAGAUCCGACCAAGAAGCCAAACCGCCUUGAUGGCCAUGUCCCGCUGGAGUUUGGUGGCAGUCUGAAUACGCUGGGCUAUACCCCGAUACCAAUCAGCACGUAUCUGGCCAUGAUUUCGAAAAUCAUCAGCGACUCGACUCUACCAGCCGACAAGAAGUCGAGCAAGUCUCUCAUUAUCUCAGUCACUGGGAGUGCAGAAGCAGUACGAGAAUGCUACGAACGUAUACGUGCCGUACAAGCAACCAUCGAGAACCCACUAUGCAUGGAGAUCAACUUGUCCUGCCCAAAUAUCCCGGACAAACCGCCACCAGCAUACUCCGGGUCAUCACUAGCGGAGUACUUGAAGGUCCUGACUGAAGCGUCCGGGGACGAUAGACGAGUUGCGAUAGGCAUCAAAACGCCUCCAUACACAUAUCACGAUCAGUUCAAGACGCUCAUCGAUGCGCUCGUGGCAGCGUCCCAGCCGACUUGUCCGAUCGACUUCAUCACUGCCACUAAUACACUAGGAACUACUCUCGUGCUUGCAGACAAUGAUGGUACGCCGAGGAUCAACUCUGCUUCUGGUGCAGGAAUUGGAGCUCUUGGAAACGUGAAGACGAUCCGAUCGAUGCUUGACGAGCAUGAUCAGCUCAAGGAUAUUGACAUCAUCGGUGUGGGUGGAGUCAGUGAUAGAGGUGGCUUUGACAGGAUGCGCGCUGUCGGUGCGAAAGUCGUCGGUAUUGGUACCGCACUUGGCAGGGAGGGAGUCAAUGUGUUCGGGAAGAUCUUGAGUACAAAAUUAUCUCCUUCUGGUCCAUCAUCUAGUCGUUGA